UUUAGUUUGAUCAAUGCAUGUCCGGUAUGAUAGUUGAACCAUGGUAAUGCGUGUAACAAUAACGCGAGGCAUCAUCAUUGCUGGUCGAUGGCAUUCGAACGACGAAUAAGCGCAUCCACCACAUACGGCAAUCAUCAUCAUCAUCACCGUCUUCAGCAUUCUUGAGAAGCGGUCGGUCUGGAGGCAUGCAAUGGGUGGGAUUGCAAAUGCUCGUGCAAUUCAUACUAGCAACAUCAAUUACCGUCAAUGUUUGUAUUGUGCGUGGUGUUGAACUGGAUGAUCGCAGCGGCGUGCCCUCCGCAAAGUUAGCCACAACUACGCAGAGAGCAGAUAUUAUACUUUUAGAAAAUGCAGUGUACAAUCAGAAAAGCUACAAGUUGGAAGACUUCUUUUGGACCGGCUCUGGGGACGGUUCGAGCGAAGAUGAUCUUCAAUGGAAUUCGAUGGAAUCAUCGACAGUGUUUUCAACCCGAACCGUGUUUUCCACAGUUUACAUGACACCAAACACAUUCGUGAAUCAGACAGAGGAUCCUUGUGCCAAAGACUGUGACCCACCCAAUGAUACAGAUCAAUCGCUAAACUUUGCGGACAGACAGUUCUGGUUGUUAACAGUACUGAAAACAGCGGGAAAAGAUCCAGAUCUUGAUGAUUUGGAGCGGAGCUUAACAAAUCUGUACAAAAAGGCGUUUCUAAGACAACAAGCCAAACAUCUCGGGAUUGAAUCGAAAACGAAACGCGAAACUAAAUUGGAAAAACCGAUUAACGUGUUCGUUCACAAAGUGGACAAGAACAAUGAUAAAAUUGAGGUGAUCUAUCACGUUUCGGUUUCUGGACAACCGGUGGAUGCGACUACAGCCUCCGACGAUAUGAGAUUGGUGACGGAUGAAGAAGUUAAACAGGAAUUGGGUUUCCCGUUCCUCGUGAAAGCCGAACCGUACAUUAAACCGUCGUCCCCUCAGGAAUUGGCGAAGGAGCGUCCGAUUUGGAUUUACGUUGGAAUAUCGGUGAUCGUCGUGCUGCUGCUUCUUCUCGGUGUUAUUAUUUUAGCUACGAUGGUAACGAAACACAGGUCGCCUUUGAGAGAGCAGAACGUGGCUCAGGCGUUCGCAGCUAGCGAGUUCGGUGGCGGCAACGAGACCGAGGACAGCUGUAGAAAAUAUAAGAGCGGAAGACGGAACCAGAAUCCGUCUCCGACGUACAUCAACUUCCGAUCGCAACCUUCGAACGAUACCUUGCACAGCGACAAUAAUUCCAACAGAACUGGUAGCGUUACAUCAUCAGCAUCCAGCGGAAGCAGCACAAUCGAUAUCUCACCUCUGAUGAAAAUUGAGAAACAACGAAAUGCCACAAAGAAACACGUAAGACCGAAGGCAGCUAUAAAUAAGACUGUGCCAAUGUUACCUAAACAGUCUUUGGAUACCGACAGCAAUGGCUCGCAAUCCCAAGAUACAAUAUACAUUAAUAACUAUGAUCCUGGUGUAGUUAGUCCAAAAUCUUAUUUAUCUAUGCCUUCCAUCAAAUCGUUUCCUAGAGGUAAUAAUCCAGAACCUUUGAGCAAGGUAUUAGAACCAGUCAGCGUUUUACAUUUAGAUAUGACUGAUGAUCUUCCAUUUGAACCGGACGAAAGCAAUUACGGUAUGUUUGCAAGACACACGAGCGUUGGGACCAGCGAAGAUCCGGGAGUUAUUGGGCCCGUUGUUUGGAAUAUGCAUUGCGAUCGGUUAAAGGCUGGUAUAGAUAAUAAUGACGAAUCCGGUGACGUGCCAAGUAACGUUACGAAGAUGCGGAAGCGUUUCCAUGAUCUCCUAGAUGACACUUUCAGCUUAUUUGGAACGCGCCGCGAUGGCACUAACCAUUUAUCCAAAUCAAAUGAAAUUGAAUCACAACAAGAGUUUACUAAACACAUCGAUGUACCUCCGAUGAAAGUGCGUCCGAAGACUUCGGACGUCAAGCGUCCUCCUGCAAAUUACGGAGGACAAUUGAAAGGAGCUUGGACCAGUUCGGCUCCUUCGCCUCUGGUGAGGCCGAUAAGUGCUCCAUACAUGAGGCCAAACACGGCGCCGAACGUCGAUUUAGAGCAUAUCUUGGCGAAGGGUAGUUUGAGUCACAACGACCCCGCCAUUCCGUUGAUAGCCGCUAUUAAGAAAGAGAUAGGAAGAUCUGCCUUACCUGGAAGUACAUCUAAUUUAAAUGAAUAGGUUUUUAUAUUACGUUUGUUUUUCAUGAUCUUUAUAUUGGCUUGAAUAGUGUGUAUUAAUU